GCCCGCUGCUCAGUAGAUGGCGCGUGGGGCCCACCAGGCACCAGGUGGGUUUUGGACUGUAGCUGCUGCCCCGACGCGCUGCUCGCUGCCCCACUCUCUCCCCAUUCCCCUCCACGCCGCCGCCGCCGCCGCCGCGUGGAUGGCCGGAGUUUCCGCCGCCUCCGCCGCCGGGAAGAUCGGGAGCUUCCUCUCCAAGAGGCCGUACGCGCCGCCGUCCUGGGCCUCGCACCUGUCCCCCGCCCCCUCGCAGACCUUCUCGCUCGGCCAUUUCCCGACGCCGAUCCACAAGUGGAAUCUGCCCAAUUUGCCGAAUGGCACGGAGGUGUGGAUCAAGCGAGACGACAUCUCAGGCAUGCAGUUGAGCGGGAACAAGGUCCGGAAGCUCGAGUUCCUGAUGGCAGAUGCCGUCGCGCAGGGCGCUGACUGCGUUAUAACUGUAGGUGGCAUCCAGAGCAAUCACUGCCGUGCCACCGCAGUGGCUGCAAAGUAUAUAAAUCUUGAUUGUUAUCUGAUACUGCGCACAUCCAAGCUUCUUGUGGAUAAGGACCCUGGUUUGGUUGGGAAUCUCCUUGUUGAGAGAUUGGUGGGAGCGCAUAUUGAUCUUGUUUCAAAAGAAGAAUAUGGAAAAAUUGGCAGUGUGGCUUUAGCGGACUUGCUGAAAAAGAAGCUUUUGGAAGAAGGCCGAAAACCAUAUGUUAUUCCUGUUGGUGGAUCAAACUCUCUAGGAACUUGGGGAUAUAUAGAAGCAAUAAGGGAGAUUGAACAUCAAAUUCAGAUAUCAGGUGAUGUUCAGUUUGACGACAUUGUUGUUGCAUGUGGCAGCGGUGGAACCAUUGCUGGUCUUGCUUUAGGAUCAAAAUUGAGUAGCUUAAAGGCAAAAGUCCAUGCUUUCUCUGUUUGUGAUGAUCCUGGAUAUUUCCAUUCCUAUGUUCAAGACCUGAUUGAUGGACUUCAUUCUGAUUUGCGUUCACAUGAUUUAGUCAACAUUGAAAAUGCUAAGGGCUUAGGUUAUGCCAUGAACACAGCUGAGGAGCUUAAGUUUGUUAAAGAUAUAGCUACAGCAACAGGCAUUGUCCUUGAUCCAGUCUACAGUGGAAAGGCAGCAUAUGGAAUGCUGAAAGACAUGGGUGCUAAUCCAGCUAAGUGGGAAGGGCGAAAAAUUCUUUUUGUACAUACAGGUGGUCUUCUUGGUUUGUAUGAUAAGGUUGAUGAGUUAUCAUCUUUGAGUGGGAGUUGGCGCAGAAUGGAUCUUGAAGAAUCUGUUCCACGCAAAGAUGGAACUGGUAAGAUGUUCUGAUUGCUAUGCUCCAAAAUUGCUUCCAUUGUUGUUAGAGGUUUCAGACAUCUCAUUGUCUAAAAAGAGUAUUCGCCUCAAUUUGUACGACAAAAUUCAAAGCAGAUGGUUAAUGUAAAACACUGUUUGUUAUAUUUAAAGAAUAAAGCAUAUAUUUCUGCCAUUUGGAAAUAAAGGUUUAUAUACAUUUGAUGUA